CAGAACUGACAGGACAGGACGGCAGUGCUCCUGAGGGUUUCUGGAGCAGAAGCUCUUCCCCCAGAGGGAGGGACGGACCGGGCAGCAGGCACCAUGGAGCCCCCGUCGGCCCCUCCCCGAGGAGGACGCGUCCCUUGGGAGGAGGUCCUGCUGGCAGUCUCACUCCUAACCUUCUGGAACCCGCCCACCACUGCCCAAGUCACUGUGGAAUCGGUGCCGCCCAGUGUUGCUGAAGGGAAGGAUGUUCUUCUGCGAGUCAACAAGGCGCCUGGGGAUCUUCUAGGCUAUAGCUGGUUCAGAGGGGAAACUGUAGAGUCAAGCCGUCAAAUUGUAUCAUAUGUAGUAGACACACAAGUAACUAUCCCAGGGCCUGCACACAGCGGCAGAGAGACAGUAUACCCCAAUGGAUCCCUGCUGUUCCAGAACAUCACCCUGAAGGACACAGGAUACUACACCAUAGAAAUAGUGAAGAUACAUGUUCAAAUUGAACAAGUAACAGGACAGCUGCACGUAUUCCAGCCAGUGGCCCAGCCCACUGUCCAGGCCUACAACACUAUAGUCACAGAAGAUAAGGACUCUGUGGUCCUGACCUGCUCCACAAAUAACACUGGGGUCUCCAUCCACUGGUUCAUCAAUGGCCAGAGUCUGAAUCUCAUGGAGAGGAUGAAGCUGUCCUAGGACAACAGCACCCUCACCAUACUCCCUGUCAGGAAGGAGGAUGCCGGGAAUUACCAGUGUGAGGUCUCCAACCCAGUUAGUUGCAGCAAAAGUGACUCCAUCAGGCUGGGUGUGAGCUAUGAAAGAAGCACCACAGGCCUCCCUGUGGGGUCCAUCAUUGGCAUUGCAGUCGGGGUCCUGAUCGGACUGGCACUGUCAGCCGCCCUGGGUUGUCUCCUGUUCCACACAAGGACUGGUAGGGCCAGUGGCUGGCGUGAUCUCAGAGAGCUCUGUUGCCCAGCAUCCACCCCCCGCCAUGAUCCAGCCAGCAGUUCCGCAUCCCCGGACUCCCUGCCCAGCCCCACCACAGCCGUUCCCAUCUACCAGGAAUUACAACACUCCAACAUAAACGUUUAUUGCCAGAUCAACCACAAAGCAGAAAUGGCUUCUUAG